AUGUCAUCAUUACCGUACAUCAGUGUUACAAUUAGUUCACCAUCUACAUUUUAUUUUAUACUUUUGAUAUUACCAAGCUAUACGGUUGGAUUAACCUUGGAAUAUGUACCAGAUUUAGCACUUACAACUAGAGAAAAUUAUGAAAUAUCGAGUCCAGAAGAAUUGACCCAGGAAGAGGAAGGAAAACAACAGGACACAAAAAUUAGCCAAUCAAAGAGUGUCACAGAGUUAUUCACAGAACUUGGCCAAGAAAAUAAUGCUAAAUUUGAUAAUAAUUUGAAAAAAAAUGUUGGAAUGUUGAUACGAAUAACACCACGAAUGAUCGAUUAUUGGGCAACGGAAUUGAAACAGAUCUUUCAAAAGGAGCUGGAAAAUAAAGAAUUGCCAGAAUUUUCACGUACGUUAAUGAAGUUAAACGUAUCAAUUCUUAUGCCACGAAUUCAUAAUAUAACACUUCCGAGAUUCAGUUAUAAGGUGCAUUGCAAUAAUACCAUGGAGAUAAUAUUACAUGGAGGUUCAGCACAGCUGUUAAGCUCUUAUCGGGCGGUUUAUCGAACCAUUCGUGAAGGGCAUUUAGAAGCAAAUAUGAGCGACUUCGUAAUCAAUUUGAAACUUAAAAUUUCUACAACAUUUGCUGGAAAAUUAUUGCUGGAAGAUAUAGUUUGUGGCGCAGAAGUACGAUCAAUUAGCAUUAAGUUGACACCAAAAUUACACGAACUGGUUGAUCAAGGUUUGCGAGCAGAAUUAGAUGAAACGAUCUCUGUUACUAUCUGUGAAGCACUAGAAGCUUUUACAAACAAAUUUGAACAACGUUUGAAUAAACUGAUACGCUCACCAGUCAUUGAAAUCAAAAUUAAUGAUACUGUAACACAUCUCCUCAUUGAUACCACGAUAAGUAAUGGUAUUUCAUUAACUGAGGACUAUUUCGAUUUUCCACUUCUUGGUACUCCUACCGUUGAAAAAUUGAAAAACGGAGCGCAUCUAAUGAAAUCACCGGACGAUAAAGUAGAAAUGGUUUAUUUGUAUGUGUCAGAAUCGGUACUUAAUAUGUUCCUGAAACAGCUUGCAACAUUUGGCGAUACAGCAUUGCAAUUACAUGCUAAUCCAGAAUUCCAGAAGAUGCUAAGUCUAAAAUGUUCGGAAGAUGAAGAAUGUAUGGGAGAUUUGCUACAGGAUACAGAGUUGUAUAUUCCCGAUUCAGGUUGUAUGAUCAUCAAAAUCCGAUCACCAUUAGUUGCAUCCGUUCGAAAUGGCUUUGCACUGAUUAAUUUGCAUCUAACAAGUUUUAUAACUUACAAACAGGAAGAUAUGGAUGUGAAAGUAUUGGAAUUUGAAUGGCUUGCAACAAUACAUAUCAGCAACGAAUAUUUGAAUGAACAUCUUGCUGAAAGACAUCAGUCAGCACAGAACACGAAUGCAACAUUGCAAGUGGUCAAUUUAAUGAUAAGUAAUAUAACACCUUAUGUUGAAAUGAUUCCGAACUAUGGUGAACACCUUUUACGAUUAAUUUCUUCAAGAAAAAAACUCUUAGAGAAAUUAUUUACGGAACAGUGUUUGUUAGCAAGAACAACAAGUACAUUGUAUAAAGCGGUGUAUUGUACAGCAACUUUCCGGAAUGGUACACUUGUGAUUGCUACAGGUUUACAAUGGAAUACAGAAUUGUUUUAUCAGUUUAGUUUGUUCAGUUAA